UAUAGAGUGUAGUCAAAUAGUCAAAUUACAUAGAGUAGAGUAAAAAGUAAAAUACAAAAUAAGUAAAUAUUUCGUCAGAUUUGCGUAAACGUAAUGUAAAAACUUCAAUCAUUAAUCAACGAAACUACCUGACUUGAGACAUUAUUUUGGAAAAGUUUACAAUUAUUUUACAUUUAUUUGCUCCUUGGGUAUAAAUAAAAUUAACAUUACUCCUGUUUUACUUUUUACUAAGUUUCGUAAAUAGACAAUAUUAUGAACGAUAUUCUUAAGCCAGAAUUGAUAUGGAUUGAAGGUAGAUGUUACAGAAUAAAUGACCCUACCGUGGAUGUUGCUUUUCACCAAGAGCAUGAUCUAUACGAAAAUGAUAUGCCCUACCACGAUUUGCAGGAAGGUGAUGUUGACACUGAUUUUGAAGUUCAAAUGAUUGAUUCAGACAGAUAUUGUACAACUUUUCACAUAUCUAAACAUUAUUUAGGUAACAUAAUUGGUAAGAAAGGUGCAAUAAAAAUGCGUAUUCAAAGGGACACCAAAACUGACAUAAAAAUCCCAAGAAUGGGAGAGAACAAAGAUGUUGUUAUUUAUGGUCCAAGUAUUCCAAGUGUAAAAGCUGCAAGACGGAAAAUCAAUAUGAUUGUUACAUCGGCUAGAAUGAAGCAAAAAUCAACACACUUUAUAGCCCUUCCAAUGAAUAAUGCUGAAAUAGUGAAGAAUUUUGAAAACUUUAAGGAAUUGGUGUUGCAAAAUUGUCAAGGUAGAGGAUUGGAUGAGUCUAUAUUUAUAAGAGCUAGUAAGUUACAUAUCACUGUAGGUGUAAUGUGUUUGAUGGAUAACGAAGAAAGGCUGCUUGCAUCAAAAUACUUAGCAGAAGUUAAAGAUCAUAUUAUGCCCAUAAUACAAAGUCACUUGCCACUUAAGUUACGAUUAAAAGGAUUGUCGUAUAUGAAUGAUGAUCCAAAGGAAAUGGAUGUAUUGUAUGGCUCUGUUCAAGAAGAUAAUGCCCCUAAAGGCGUUUUACAGGAUAUGAUCGAUGCUAUAGCUCAGUUCUUUAUAAAAAAGGGACUUAUGGCAAAUCAGUUUGGGCGCGAUAAUGUUAAAAUACAUGUUACUCUUUUAAACUCUAAAUAUCGAGAGAAAACAAUGGAAAAUGACAGUCCUACAAAACAAAGAAGGGAAAGUUUCGACGGAUCUGAAAUUUUGGAUAAAUUUAAUGAUUAUGACUUUGGUGUUAUGGAAAUUAAUAAUAUUCAUUUAUCCCAAAGAAAAUCUUUAGCGCCGGAUGGCUUCUAUCAACCGACUUGCGUCAUUAGUUUAUAACUGAAACUAAAUAAAUAAACUGAAACUAAUAAUUUCUCUUCUGUAUUUUGUCUUUUCCUGUUAAAUACAUUGCCUGAUAUUUAGGAAUAUUUCUUAUUAUAGAAUGUCUUCGACAAUGAUGCGCGAUCGAACUCUUCAAUUUUGUAUACUUUCUGUUUAUUUGUUAAACUAUUAAGGUGUUUUUAUAAAAAUAUAUAAUAAUUAAAUCUUGUUUACAUUUUUU